AUGAGCCCUCCGCCGCAACAAAAUGCGCGCAAUCAGACGUCCACCACUCGCCGAGCUGCACCUACACAUAUCCGCACGCUAAAACCUCCUGUCCCGGGUCCUCGAAAGAAUAGCCACUCGGGUCAUUCCAAGAAGAGUCCCGCUUGCACAAAGACCAUUGUUAAGAGUCAUCACAAGACAGAUACAGCUAUCGCUGCAGAGGACGAAGACAUGGCUGGUCUUCCCCAGUUCUGUGCUACUUGCGAGAAGCAGAUCCUCACGCCUGCCUGCAACGCGAUUCUGUACUGCUCAGAGAGCUGCCGCCGAAAGGACCACAACAAGCCUCUCAGUCAUUCAAUCUUGCCAUCAGAACCCUCGCCGCAGCCAACCACCCCUCGAAGCUCGUAUUUCUUCGAUGACCAUCAGCACGACAUCCUUCCCAUGCGAUCACCGACCGUUGUUCGUCCACCAUCCUUGGCCUUCUCGGACGACAGCUUUGACUUGUCUGCCAGCGAGGAACAACCUACAUAUCGCCGUAGUGAGAGCGAUGGUUCACGCUACCUCUCACACUACCGCCAUAACUCUGGCGACCACAGCCCUCGUCGUGCGAGCUAUGAGCCGUACACACCAUCAUUGUCACUCACUCCAACGUCGCUUAUCAGUACCGUCGGCUCAUAUCUGUCUACACGCCCACUUCCUGGUCGCAAAAAUCCAUAUAGUGCAUCCUUUAGCUCGCUCUCGGUUGAUCUUGUGACACCGGUCGUCAAUACAGAGUCACUGACCGCGUCGACCGACCUCAGCCACCAGGCCGCUUCUCUCCGCAGUAGCGCAAGUACUAGCACUGCUUUCCGUGUCGUCGAGGGAGAGAUAAGUUAUGGCAACAAGGAUUACAUGUCUGGCACGUCACCCAGUAAAGGCAGCCUUCGACAACUCUUCUUCCACGAGGCCAUGCAGGCUCCUCCCAGACACGAGUGA